AUGGUGUACGCAGGGUUCGGGAUCCCCCUCACGCUCUUCUGCGUGACGAAAGUCGCCACGACCCUGGCCGACGCCCUCUUCUCGGCCUACGGAAGAUGCGAGCGCCGCCGCGCGGCUUCUCGGAAGGAGCAGCGACACGCCGCGGUGGACGCGACGGGCGAGGAGGCGAAGGCACCGAAGAGGUUCCCCGUCUCGCUCGUCCUCUUCCUCUUGCUGGGUUAUGCGUGCGGGGGGGCGCUGCUCUUCUCCCUCUGGGAAGGAUGGCUGUUCAUCGAUGGGCUCUACUUCUGCUUCGACACGCUGUCCACGAUCGGGUUCGGGGACAUUCUUCCUGGGCGGGCCGUUUCGCACGAGGUCACCUUCGUGGAGCAAGCCAAGAUCGUCGCGGGUUGCCUGUAUCUGCUGUUCGGGCUCACCAUGGUCGUCAUGAGCUUCGAACUCGUGCAGGCCGAGGUCAAUGCCAAGGUCAAGGAAUUGGGGGCCUUUAUUGGCUUCGUCGACGAGGAAAAGCGGGAAAGUCGAUCGGAUAAAAAAUGA